AUGUCCGUCACCCUGCCCAUGUGCUGCGGGUCCAGCGCGCUCUGGCUGAGCCCUGCGCUGGCGUCCCCCCCGCUCCGUUCCGAGGACGACGACGAGGGCGGGAGUGAGCAGGUCUCAGACGCCAUGGGCGCCGUCGCGGGUAUCCUGCGGCUGCUCUGCCACCUCGUGGUGUUCAACCACUUCGUGGCCUGCGGGUGGCACUUCAUGGCUACCCACAGCCACGACACAUCCUGGCUGGAUAGCAUCGAGCACGAGAGCACGUUCUAUCGCUACGUCGUGAGCGGCAGCGCCCAUCUUCGCGUACUUGCUGGCCUCGCCGUUUUGAGCACGUGCCUCGCCUGCUGCUCGGCGGGCGACGCCUCCCGCUUCACCCUCGAGGCGUGGGCCGUGAUCAUCACCGCCGCGAGGCCCGCGCGCUGGACUGCCAUGAUCAUCGCCCAGAUCUCGGGGACCAAGCUGCACGCCGCGGGGGCAGGCAGCGGGCCCCACAGGCCCUGCUCCAGCUCGUUGAUGCUGUACCCCACGACCGCCCAGCCGCCCGCGCGGAGCUUCGGCCAGCUGGGGUUGACCACCGAGCCGUCGGUGGCGAUGCACCCUCUGAAGUACGCGGGGAAGAUCACCAGCACGCUCACCCUGCUGGGGAGCUACCGCGCGCAGCGCUCCCGGGAGGACAGGAAGCUCCGCCAGUAUCUGCUCUGCAACAAGGUGACCACAGAGCUCUCUGCGAGGAUCGGCUCCUUCAUGCGGGACCGGAAGGUCGGCGAGAGGCCGCGGCCCACGUACUCGGAGGUCACGUGCUUCCGCACCUUGCCCGCGAGCCUUCUGAUGGAGGUCAAGUGGCAGUCCUACAGCCCGACCAUUCGGGCCUUCCCCCUCUUCGAGAUCUUCACGACGAUUCAGAUCAGCGUGCUCUACAGGCUCUGCCUCGACGGCAUCACGGAGCUGUCCUGCAGCUGGGGCGACGAGCUCUUCCACGCGGGGAGCCAGGCGGAGCGGGUGCUGUUCGUGAAGCACGGCCAGCUGCACUACUCGAGGGGCAACACGAACCUGCACGCGGCCACCCGCGACUCGUCUGUUUCGAACCAGGCGCGGAACCUCAUGAACAAGGUCGCGUCCAGGGCGGCAUCGACAGGGGCAUCGAUGACCUCCCUGCAGCUGGGGAAGUUAAUCAUCCAGUCGCCGGGCCCCCCCGACCUCGACGGGGACGUGGCGGGCACCGACGUGCUGGUCAUCGGGGAUGCGCCCAGCGAGAGCGCGCCGUACCCGUGGAUCUGCGAGGUCGCGCUGUGGUGCGGGUGGACGCACCACGGGACCCUGUUUGCGAAGAGCAAGUGCGUCGUGCUCGCGCUGGACGCGAAGGCCGUGCACGACGUGGCCGCCCAGGACGUCCUGGUGUACGAGGGUUUCAGGGCCUACGCGCGGGCCUUCGCCCGCGAGCUCGGCUGGCGGUUCACGGCGUCGGCCCAGGCGGACGGCUUCCCCGAGGGCGUGGAUGAUUAUUUCGGGGGCGACAGGUCGCAGGAAUUCGCCCAGAUGGCCAAGGAGACGAUUUACAGCGAGAUGGAGAAGCUCAGGGACCGGCCGACCAGGGAGUUUGGGUGGAGCUCGACCGCCUCGUUGGAGCUCGACUAG